ACAUCGACAGGCUGUCAAUGCAGAAAAAAGAAGAAUUGCAGCAGCAGAAGCGGAAUAGAUUUAUUGAUUUUAAUAUAACAUUUGUGGAAGAACGGCCCACGCGCUAAAAUCAAUUAAUAAAUAAAUAACCAUUAUGGAGGCGCUGGUCAAUUAUAGCAGCGAGGACGAGUACGACGACGAUGCUGGCGGCGAGCUAAGGGCACCAACAGCGGCACCAGCAGCCGCAGCGGCAGCAGCAGCACAGCCAGCUGCCACACGAAAGCGCAGCUCGCCCGUUCAUGCAACAACAUCUGCAGCUCGUCGCCGAUCACGCUCGCGUACUCCGCCAGCAGCAGUAGCUGCCAAAACAACAACAACAGCAGGAGCAGCAUUUGAGGAGGCAACAAUGUCUUCGAUAACAUUUCUGAGCGCUGUAAAGCAGCAACAGAAGACCAAAAACAAAGGCAACAACGAGCGUCACAAGACGCGACGCCAUCGCCAUCGUCGUUCGAGCAGCGACAGCGCCAGCAGCGCCACAGACAGCAGCGACACCGACAGCAAAGACAAAUCGAAGAAGAGUCGGUCGGCUUUGUCGCCGCUGUCCAAGGUGUCCAGCACACCGCCGCUGCCAACUGGCGGCAGUCGUCAUGGCCGUCAUCAUCAGCAUCGCCACCACCAUCAUCAUCAUCAUCACAGGAGUCGAGGCAGUCGCCAUAAUAACAGCAACAGUAACAACAACAACAGCGAUGAGGAUGCACCGGCACGUGGCCGCAAUCGCGACACUGAUCGCAAUCGGGAGAAGGAACGCGACAAAGACUACAGCAAGAGCGAGCGGCAUCAUCGCACCAAAGAGAGUAACAAGGAGAGUGACUACAAGCGCGAGCGUGAGGAGCGACGCCAUGGCAGCGGCAGUGGCAGUGGCAGAGACAGGGAUAGGGAUCGUGAUCGUGAUCGGGAUCGUCAUCGCACUAAAGAGAUACGCCACAGCGACAACUUGCGCUCACACAACUCAUCGUCAUCAGUCACAUCAUCGACCUACAAAUCUCACUCACAGCAGCAGAUGCAGCAGCAACAGCAGCACCAACAGCAGCAGCAGCACCAUCACUCGUCGCAGCGUCGUUCCCAUGAUGAGCGUGUUCGUCGUCGCCGCGACUCACGGACUCGUUCACGUUCGGGCUCCCGUUCCCGGACACGCACGCCGAUUGAUACGCCGCCGCUGCGCAGGCGUCAGGGUCAGCAGUCGACACGCAAAUAUCGCCGGCGUGAAUCGUGCGAUUCGAGCAGCCGCUCCAGAUCGCCGGUCGAACGUCCACCGGUCCAUGUGCGAAAGCCAAGCGAUGUCGAUCCGCAUACCAGAGUCUAUUCAACAGCUGGUUUGCUGCAGGGCAAGCUGACAUUGCCAUCGACAGCAGCCGUAUCAGCAGCAGCCGCAUUGAAUGCUGCCGCCAUCUCUGCAGCUGGUAGCGGCGUUGGCGGUGGAGGCGUCGGUGGCGGCGGUGGUUUGUUGCCAACGCCAAACUAUGCACCGAAAAUACCAUCGCUAAUGUCACUGGAACUGAAUGCGCCGCCAAGUGUGCUGAUUGAUGGACCGCCAGCAGCUGUACAGCUCCCGAAAUACUAUAAUCCUGGUAUUGUGAAUGCCAACCGCUAUGCGGAGCAGCAGCAGAAGCGUAAACUAAUUUGGGGUUCCAAGAAGAACGAGGACUCGGCCAACAAGUGGGGCAAUGCGCACUUCUCUCAGGACUCGGACGGCAAGGUAGCAUCCAAGUUUAUGCGACUCAUGGGCAUCAAGAAUGCCAAUAAUACAAAUGCCAACGACAAUAGCACCAACAGCAGCAGCAGCACCACCACCACCACCUGCGCCGUCAACACAAGCAACAGCGGCAGCAGCCACAGCAAUGCGGCUGCCAGGACCGAUGCCAUGAAUGAGCCCAGCACCAGCAAUGGCAACGCCAGUGGCAGCAACAGCGCCAGCUGCGUUGCACCUGUGCCAGCCGAUGUCCAGCUGCGCCAGCGCAUGUUCUCCAACAUGGAGCAGCAGUACGAGGUGGCCCGGGCCGCCACGCACACCAUGCGAGGCGUGGGACUCGGCUUUGGCUCACAGCCGCGCUCCUAUUAAGUCGAUGGCAUGUUGGCCAGGCUAACGAGACGAAAGCGGAAUUCGUUGCGUGGAAGCUGUAAAUAGGACGAUGCCGCAUCGACACUCAAUUAGUCACAUGAAACUGUUCUAAUUUAUUUGUUUUUACAAAAUACUUCACUAUUUUUUUUUUUUUUCGAUUAUUUCAAAUAAAUUUGCAAAGAAAUGUUCCAAAA